GUCACCCAACUUCUUCCUUAGUGUCUGUCAUUCAUUUCUCCUUCCUUCUCCAUCUGGUCUCUGCAAACAAGCUAAGGGAGGAAUUUAUAAUUCAAUCAAAGGGUUCCAAUUCAACCAUUGUAGUUCAAUUCUCUCUUAAUUGCCCAAUAUAUAUAAUCAUGCUCUCUCAUUGCUGCAAUAAUACAUGGUUGCAGAAGCGCGUCUUCUCCUUUCUUACGCUUCCGGUUAACCCCAUCAGCCAUCGCGUCGACACGCCCAAUAAGAUGAUUUUGAUGGCGUCUUCCACGCCGGCAUCCGCAUCUCGUCCGGCUUCGAACACAGAUGCAGGGCUCAGUGUUGUUAACAAAGGCUGCAAACUAGUUGGGUGUGGCUCUGCUGUGCCAAGUUUAAGAAUUUCGAACGAUGAUCUUUCAAAAAUGGUCGAUACUAACGAUGAGUGGAUCUCAACACGGACAGGAAUUCGACAUAGAAGAGUUCUUUCAGGCAAAGAAAGUUUAACAUCUCUAGCUGUAGAGGCUUCAAGGAAAGCUCUUGAGAUGGCUGAAGUUGACCCUGAAGAUGUGGAUUUAAUUUUGUUGUGUUCUUCCACUCCAGAUGAACUUUUUGGUAAUGCCCCACAGAUACAAAAUUUGUUGGGGUGCAAAAGCUAUCCAUUAUCUUUUGAUAUCAGUGCUGCUUGUAGCGGGUUCAUGCUGGGAUUGUUUUCUGCUUCUUGCUAUAUAAAAGCUGGUGGCUUUAAGAAUGUUCUUGUAAUUGGGGCUGAUGCUAUUUCCCGGUUUGUUGAUUGGUCUGAUAGAGGAUCCUGUAUUCUCUUUGGUGAUGCUGCAGGUGCUGUACUGAUUCAGGAGUGUGAUAUAAGUGAAGAUUUUUUGUUUAGUUUUGACUUCCAUAGUAAUGGUGAAGGUUUAAGGCACUUAUGUUCUCCUCUAAAAGAGGAUGGACCAAACCAUUCUCCAACCACAAAUGGUUCACUCAAUGGUUUUCCACACAAAGGCGGCUUCUCUUAUUCCUGCCUGCAAAUGAAUGGUAAGGAGGUUUUCAAGUUUGCAGUUGGCGUCGUGCCUCAAUCCAUCAAAGCUGCCUUGGGGAAGACAGGUCUUGCUCUCUCUGACAUUGAUUGGUUACUUCUUCAUCAGGCAAAUCAAAGGAUUAUUGAUGCAGUGGCGGCGCGUAUGGAGUUCCCGGCAGACAGAGUCAUAUCAAACUUGGUGAACUAUGGAAAUACCAGUGCUGCUUCUAUUCCAUUGGCAUUGGAUGAGGCUGUUCGAGCUGGGAAGAUACAGGCCGGCGAGACAAUUGCUGCUGCUGGGUUCGGAGCCGGUCUAACCUGGGGUUCUGCAAUUAUCCGGUGGCGCUGACCCAUUCUCCGGCCAACCGGCUGGCCACCAGUGCUUGCUUGGUUGUCUGUCAGUGUAGAUUAAGGGAGAAAAGAUUGUUGUAUUCAAAUAAUGUCUUUUCAAUCCUUAGCUUGUACAUGAGCGUAUUGUUUGCCAGAAUCAAUAAA